GCACAGCCCCCACUCACACAGAGGCCACACCGUCGAUUCAUCACAGCCGGCGCCUUCGAUUGUGACGCACGAACCAGCAAGCUCGCCUCUGGCAUUCAAACCUAAUCGGAAAGAAGGGAAAUGGAGAACACUAAUCCAUCAACUGAAGGGGGAAAAUUCAGGGUCCCGAAGGUGGAACUUUCAGACAAAAGCCAAGGCUUUAUAGAGCUAUUACGACAACUAACAGUUUGUGAUUCAAUUUCGGACAAAGAAUUCGAAGAGAGGUUUAAGGAAAUAAGCAUGUACGGCGAUGACCAUGUUAUCUGUGUGAUGGAAGAUGAAACAUCAAGUAAGAUUAUAGCUUCGGGUAGUGUGUUUAUAGAGAAGUUCACAAGGAAUUGUGGUAAAGUUGGGCACAUUGAAGAUGUGGUAGUCGAUGCCAGGGCGAGAGGGAUGCGACUCGGGAAGGAAAUAGAGGGGUAUCUUGCGGAUCAUGCUCGUUCCAUGGGGUGUUAUAAGGUUAUUUUGGAUUGCAGUGAUGACAAGAAGGUGUUCUAUGAGAAAUGUGGCUUUAAGCAGAAGGAGAUUCAAAUGGUUAGGUAUUUUGUUUGAACCUAACGUUUUGCUAUUGCCUUUCGUUAGUGGUACAUUGUUUGUUCUGAUGGUGACUUCAAUGGCAUAUUUCUUUCUGG